AUGGCUCAACUGAAUGACACAGCUGCAAGCUCUGAUAUACUCGAAGAAAUGUUGAAACAAGGCGACAUGGAAUUCUUUCCACAACUUCGCACGCGGAUAGAUAGAUUUGUCGAUGUUUUCAAUCAUCACAUUACUCAGCAAAAGCUGAACGAAUACAAAAGAAACCUGUUAGAUCAGCUACGACCUUUGCAACAGGCUACCACAGUUUUUACAUUAAUGCAGGCGUUGCGCAGAUUUUUCAGUUAUAUUAAUGGACUUGGAGUCAGUUCUUUGAUUACAACAUUACACGAAUCCGGAUUUGAAACUUUGAUGAGCGAUGAUACCCUCAAUUUUCUCGAUAAUGAUGAUUUAACCAUUGAUCAAAGAGUGACGGAGUUUUUCAAUCGUCAAAAUCGAAGAUCCACUAGCGACAGACCUGAAGAAGUCACUGCUUUGGCAAAAGAGAUAGCAGAAGAUAUCCGUCAAGUAUUCGAACCACUGAAAGAAAAAUUAGUAGGAAUACAAGCUGCCAACAGAUAUACACUUGGUUUAGCGAAUCGCGCUGGUAAAGCAGGGGAUUUUGUAUCAAAACCGGUAGGAUUAAUCGGUUCGCUAUUUUUCCCAACCUUGAACGUCGGUGAAAACAUGAGGAGACAUUCAAGAUUAUUAUGCCGUGGAGAACCUAAUUGGUUCAGUAACGUUGCGAACUAUUUAACUGACUAUGUGACGAAAACGGGAACAUCUGAUAGAGAAUUACAAGAAUUUCUUGAUUAUCACGGUUUGGAAGACGACUUUGUACACUUUCAAUUCUGUAUUAACAAAUGGAUCGAGCAAAUACGCGAAAUGCUGCCAUCUGAUCGAACAUUUAUGCUAGGAAAAAGCGUCGUCUUGUCUGAAUUAGAACGGGUACGUAAAUUUCUGUAUGCUGUGAUUCUGAACAAACCCGAACUGUUACAAGAACAUACGGAAGCGGUCACGCGAACUGUUCAUAAUGCAGCUACUCAAGCAAAUCCCACUAAUGGCGCAUCUUUGCUACCAUGUAUUGCAUAUGGUCAAUUACCUCUGCCAACUGAUGGAAAGCGAAUUCUAUGCUUCGACUUUGUACUCGAUUCAUCCGUUAGUCAUAGAACUGCCGAAAAUGUACUGAACGAUAUUAGUAGAAAUUUUCAGGAUGUCCGAUCAAGAAAAGUACGAAUCAACGGCGAUGUUAAAAUAGUCACACUGGAAGUGGAAAUCUCGGAAAAUAUCCCUCAUUUGAUCGCAAAAAUCAUUUCAAAACUCGCUAAUCUUAAUGUCCGCAGCGUUCUGAUUGGCAACUUUGGUCUCAACGGAUUUCGACACGCUAUGAAUCCAGCAUUCAACCGAAUAUACAGUCGUGAUGGACGAGAGACGGCAGUCGGUUUCAUAGCAACAUCAUUCGUCCAAAGUUUAAACAGAGGAAGUGAACCGUAUUACUGUCCAAAUGGUUGGCGUCGAUAUGCCAUAGAUGUCGGUAUGACUGGUGCACAGUUCGAACAACAAUAUGGAAGUUGGCCGGUAGCCUACCAUGGAACAGCAGGGGCGUUAGCAAUGACAAUUCUUCUCAAUGGCCUGCGUGCCAGUGGACAAGGAUGUUUUCUUAGAUCGAACCAUGGUGCAGUUUACCUUAGUCCAAGCAUCGAAUACAGUGGACAUCCACGUUACGCAAAAAUAGUACAGAUUAAGUCGAAGUACGUUCAAAUGGUUUUACAAGUUCGAGUGCAUCCGAAGCUUAUUGAAAAAUAUCCCGGAACACUUCCUGGUGCAUUUCCACACGAUAAACAAAAAGCUGAUCCAAAUUUUUCGAAUGAUGUGCUAGAAUGGGUUGUUCAUUGGAAACCUGGUCAAAAUAUUGGUGCUCUCAAUGGCAUUCUAGUAUAUGGAUUGAUGUUUCGUGUUACUGACGAACACCCUAAGAAUCUACCGCAAAAUCAAUGGUGGAAGGCCGCUGGUAAACUAGGUGACCUAUGA